AUGACGAUGAUGAUGGUGGUGGUGGUGGUGGUGGUGACCCGGAUAGUGACUCUGAUGAGUGAUUGGUCAGCUUUUAAGGCGGCAAGCUCCAGUAGCGAAGAAAGAUUGGGUGUAUUGUCUAUGCAAUUGAAAUCAGGUCUCUGGGUCCCGCAGUACCGGCAGGAAUCAUUUAAGCAUUUAGAUGAGCCCUACAAACCAGGAUUCCAGACUGCGGGGGCUGGAGUUGGGGGAAGCUCCGCGGGCCGCAGGGAGAGGGUGGCGGGCGGCAGCCGAGGAAGCCGGCCAGCCCGCGGCGCCGAAAUCUCCCGCGCUCUGGAGCUGGCCCCACCUCCCCAGCCGAACCUCACGCCCUUCCGCGCGGCGCGGCGCGCCAGCCAGCCCCUCCCUCCCGCCACCCUCCCGACGUCACCCCAGGCCCCAGCUGGCCGGCAGAGUCCCCGCCCCACAUCGCCCGCGACCAGCCGGGCAGCCCGCCGCGAGUCGCCAGUGACGGCACUGCAGGGUGCGUGGCCAAUCGGCGCGGCCCCGGAGGAGGCGGCCUCCGCCCCGCCUCCCGCGCCCAAAGCCAAUGAGACGCCGGAGCUGGGGGCCGCGACUGGUGAAAACAUUCAGGAAACCUACGAGAAUAUCCCAGGCCAGUCAAAGAUCACAUUCCUCUUACAAGCCAUCAGAAAUACAACAGCUGCUGAGGAGGCUAGACAAAUGGCUGCCGUUCUCCUAAGACGUCUUUUGUCCUCUGCAUUUGAUGAAGUCUAUCCAACUCUUCCUUCUGAUGUUCAGACUGCCAUCAAGAGUGAGCUACUGAUGAUUAUUCAAAUGGAAACCCAGUCUAGCAUGAGGAAAAAAAUCUGUGAUAUUGCUGCAGAACUGGCCAGGAAUUUAAUAGAUGAGGACGGCAACAACCAGUGGCCCGAAGGUUUGAAGUUCCUUUUUGAUUCAGUCAGCUCUCAAAAUAUGGGUCUGCGGGAAGCUGCCCUUCACAUUUUCUGGAACUUUCCUGGAAUUUUUGGGAACCAACAGCAGCACUAUUUAGACGUUAUCAAACGGAUGUUAGUUCAGUGUAUGCAAGAUCAGGAACAUCCAUCGAUCAGGACAUUAUCUGCUAGAGCUACAGCUGCAUUUAUACUUGCAAAUGAGCAUAAUGUUGCUCUAUUCAAACAUUUUGCAGACUUGUUACCCGGAUUCUUACAGGCUGUGAAUGACUCAUGCUACCAGAAUGACGAUUCUGUCUUAAAGUCCCUUGUUGAGAUUGCAGAUACCGUUCCAAAGUAUUUGCGUCCUCAUUUAGAAGCUACUUUACAGCUAAGUCUAAAGUUGUGUGGAGACACCAGCCUCAAUAAUAUGCAACGCCAGCUCGCCCUUGAAGUAAUCGUGACCCUAUCUGAGACUGCAGCUGCUAUGUUAAGAAAACAUACCAAUAUUGUUGCACAGACUAUUCCUCAGAUGUUAGCAAUGAUGGUUGAUCUUGAAGAGGACGAGGACUGGGCGAAUGCAGAUGAGCUAGAAGAUGAUGACUUUGACAGCAAUGCGGUUGCUGGUGAGAGCGCUCUGGACCGAAUGGCCUGUGGACUUGGUGGGAAGCUGGUGCUGCCGAUGAUCAAGGAACACAUUAUGCAGAUGCUCCAAAAUCCUGACUGGAAAUACCGUCAUGCAGGAUUAAUGGCCUUAUCUGCCAUUGGUGAAGGAUGCCACCAGCAAAUGGAAGGAAUUUUAAAUGAGAUAGUAAAUUUUGUUUUGCUUUUUCUUCAGGAUCCUCAUCCAAGAGUAAGGUACGCAGCCUGUAAUGCCGUGGGACAGAUGGCUACAGAUUUUGCACCUGGCUUCCAAAAGAAAUUUCAUGAGAAGGUGAUUGCGGCCCUGCUGCAGACCAUGGAGGACCAGGGCAAUCAGCGAGUGCAGGCCCAUGCUGCUGCCGCUCUGAUCAACUUCACUGAGGACUGUCCCAAGUCACUGCUUAUUCCAUAUUUAGACAAUUUGGUGAAACAUCUACAUUCCAUCAUGGUACUUAAACUUCAAGAGUUGAUUCAGAAAGGCACCAAGUUAGUUCUGGAACAAGUUGUGACAUCUAUCGCAUCAGUUGCAGAUACCGCAGAGGAAAAAUUUGUCCCCUACUAUGACUUAUUUAUGCCAUCACUAAAGCACAUCGUCGAGAACGCAGUUCAGAAGGAACUCCGACUUCUCAGAGGAAAAACUAUUGAGUGCAUCAGCCUCAUUGGUCUAGCCGUUGGGAAGGAAAAAUUCAUGCAAGAUGCAUCAGAUGUGAUGCAGCUCUUGUUGAAGACCCAGACGGACUUUAGCGAUAUGGAAGAUGAUGAUCCCCAGAUCUCUUACAUGAUCUCAGCAUGGGCCAGAAUGUGCAAAAUUCUUGGAAAAGAAUUUCAGCAGUACCUUCCAGUGGUUAUGGGGCCUUUAAUGAAGACCGCUUCAAUUAAGCCUGAAGUAGCCCUUUUAGAUACCCAAGACAUGGAAAACAUGAGUGAUGAUGAUGGUUGGGAGUUUGUGAACCUUGGAGAUCAGCAAAGUUUUGGUAUUAAAACUGCAGGACUGGAAGAAAAGUCCACUGCUUGUCAGAUGCUGGUUUGCUAUGCUAAAGAGUUAAAGGAAGGCUUUGUGGAAUACACUGAACAAGUUGUCAAACUGAUGGUCCCUCUACUGAAAUUUUAUUUCCAUGAUGGUGUUCGAGUGGCAGCAGCAGAAUCCAUGCCUCUUCUCCUGGAAUGUGCGAGAGUUCGUGGUCCUGAGUAUCUCACACAGAUGUGGCAUUUUAUGUGUGAUGCUCUAAUCAAGGCCAUUGGCACAGAACCAGACUCAGAUGUCCUCUCAGAAAUAAUGCAUUCUUUUGCAAAGUGCAUUGAAGUAAUGGGAGAUGGAUGCCUUAAUAAUGAACAUUUUGAAGAAUUGGGAGGCAUAUUGAAAGCUAAACUUGAAGAACAUUUUAAAAAUCAAGAAUUGCGGCAAGUUAAAAGACAAGAUGAAGACUAUGAUGAACAGGUGGAAGAGUCACUACAAGAUGAGGAUGAUAACGAUGUUUAUAUUCUGACCAAAGUGUCAGACAUUUUACACUCAAUAUUCAGUAGCUACAAGGAAAAGGUGUUACCAUGGUUUGAACAGCUGCUCCCGUUAAUUGUCAACCUAAUUUGUCCACAUAGACCAUGGCCAGACAGACAAUGGGGAUUGUGCAUCUUUGAUGAUGUCAUAGAACACUGUAGUCCAGCCUCUUUUAAAUACGCAGAAUAUUUUUUAAGGCCGAUGCUCCAAUAUGUGUGCGACAGCAGCCCCGAAGUGAGGCAAGCAGCUGCGUAUGGCCUGGGUGUCAUGGCACAGUACGGUGGAGAGAACUACCGGCCUUUCUGUACAGAAGCACUUCCAAUGCUGGUAAGAGUUAUUCAGUCUGCUGAUUCUAAGACCAAAGAAAACGUCAAUGCCACAGAGAACUGCAUCUCAGCAGUGGGGAAGAUUAUGAAGUUCAAGCCUGACUGUGUGAACGUGGAAGAAGUCCUGCCUCACUGGUUGUCUUGGCUUCCACUACAUGAGGAUAAAGAAGAAGCUGUUCAGACUUUCAAUUAUCUGUGUGACUUGAUCGAAAGUAAUCACCCAAUCGUUCUUGGCCCCAACAAUACCAAUCUGCCCAAAAUAUUCAGUAUAAUUGCAGAAGGAGAAAUGCAUGAGGCAAUUAAACAUGAAGAUCCUUGUGCCAAACGUCUGGCUAAUGUAGUCCGCCAAGUACAGACUUCUGGAGGAUUGUGGACUGAGUGCAUAGCACAGCUCAGUCCCGAGCAGCAGGCAGCCAUACAGGAGCUCCUGAACUCUGCUUGAAGGGCCUUAAUAUCACCACCAGAAAACUAACUCCAAAUAAACGUUUACCCUUUUGUUUAGGUUU